AUGUCCUCUGGCUCUAAAUGGUCUAUCAAGAAGCUGCGAGAUCGCGUUCAAGCGACUUUUACAAAGCGUCCGUGUCUCUGGCAAAUAAGAGUAGCACAGAGCCUGAGAGAGAAGAAGAAUGAUGUCGUGCUAGUGGCAGCAACAGGAUCAGGAAAGACAUUGUCAUUUUGGAUGCCUCUACUGAUGGCACUCGAAGAAGGGGAGGAUAAGUUUAUAAUUAUCAUUACACCACUCAAUGUGCUCGGAAAGCAAAAUGUCGAGAUCCUAGCAAAGGCGGGAAUCAGCGGGGUAGCAAUAGAUUCCAGUAAUAACACGGAUGAAACAUUCAAGGAUGUUGAAGCAAUCAGACACCGGGUCGUGGUGGUGAACCCGGAGAUCAUAAUGGACCAAAACGGGCACUUCGAGAAGCUCUGGCGAAAGCCAGAGUUCACAUCAAAGCUACUCUAUGUUGUCUUUGACGAAGCGCACUGUGUCAGCGAGUGGAGUAGCUUCCGGAGUCAAUACAAGCACAUUGGCAGUAUCCGGUACAUGAUUCCGGAUACUGUACCUUUCUUGGUAGCUUCCGCUACUCUUGCGGCUCCAGUCCUUGCAGAUGUGGUCGAGAUACUGCAGCUACGGAUCAGCCACAUCGACUACAUCCUACGGUCCAAUGACCGCCAGGACAUCCACCUAACUGUGCGCCGGAUGCUACACCCAGCGUGCUCUUUCAAUGAUCUAAACUUUCUAAUCCCGGAUGAGUUCAAGGAUGGUGGCGCACCUCCACCAAAGUUCCUGGUCUUCUUUGAUAGCAUCAAGGAAGCCGAGGAUGCAGUAAAACACCUGCGGAAUCGCUUACCUGGGGGUGUAAGGGGCAAAAUCAAGUACUUCCACUCCGUAAUGACACCCCACUAUCGUACUGCGGAAUACGAAGCGCUGAGAGAUGAUCAGAUUUGGGGUCUUUGCGUCACGGACUCCUUCGGAAUGGGUCUUGAUAUUCCUGACAUUAAAGUUGUUGUCCAGUGGAAAGCGACGUGUAAUAUCACAACAUUGUGGCAGCGGCUCGGCAGAGCUGCAAGGGGGUAUGGUCAGGAAGGCAUAGGGAUCAUUCUUGUCCCCCCAAACCUCUUUGAUAGUGAACGAGACAAGGCAAAACAAAGGAGUGAGAAGCGGCAAGAAAAAGCACAGGGGAAGAAGAGGAAACGAAAGCAUAACAAGACAGACCCACCG